GCUUGACGGGCCACACUUCAGCUGUCUGGUAUAACCUACAAGUCGGCAAAGCGGCAGAUCUGGAAGCAGCCCAGUGACAUUUCGCGUUACACGCACACCUGUGUAACAGCCAACCAGAGCGACAUAGAACAUUACCAGUCCUCUGGAAGAUUCCUAAUCAACAACCACCCCUCCCCCUUGGGAUCUUUUCCAACACAGAUUCGUUUGCCUUGUUUUGACCUUGAUAUGAAGUGCAUCAUGCCGGAUGUCCCUUUUUGGGUCUGGCUUCCUUCAUCAACAUUCUGCGUGUAUCAGGCAUUGUUUUGUUGUUGUUUUUAAGUAAACGCUAUCCCCAUCGUGGGGCUUGAACUCACAGCCCAAGAUCAAGAGUUGCGUGCUCUACUGCCCCCCAGCCAGAUGCUCCAGGCUUGGUUCUUUUUCCUUGCUGUAUAGUUCUCUGCUGUAGGACCCCCCACACACACACACACACCCCAACACCACCAGUUUAUCCAUUCUCCUGUCCAUGAGCUGUUUCUCACUUGGGGCUAUUAGAAAAGCUGCUCUGAUUGUUCUCGAACAAGGCUCCUUUGUGGAUCUGUUUUCAGUCCCUUGGGGGAUUACCUGGGAGUGAGGCUGCUGGUACAUCCGGAUGUCUAGCCUUGGUCUUUACCAUGAUUGCUAAAGCAACACAUGAUUCUUGGGGUAGAUCAAAGCGAUCAGACGUGGAUAAAAGGAGCCUUGAGACUUUCUUUGCCUCUGUAAAAAUACUUCCACCCCUGGGACAGUACCCAGAUGGCGUCUUCUAUGACCUGGACAGCUGCAAACACCCCAGCUACCCCGACUCAGAGGGGGCUUCUGACUCCCUGUGGGGCUGGGACCUCAGUCCAGCUGUCCCGGCUGCCUCCUAUGAAGCCUUCAACCCGGCUGUGGCUACCUUCAGCCACCCCCAGGGUGUCCAGCUCUGUUAUGGACCCUCGACCUACAGCCCCAUGGGGAGCCUCGACCCAGCCCCCAGCCUAGAGGCCCCAGGGCCCAGCUUCCCAGCGUACCCCACGGAGGACUUCACCAGCCAGACCAUGGGCCCCCCAGCGUAUGCCCCAUACCCCAGCCCUGUGCUGUCGGAGGAAGAAGAUCUCCUGCUGGACAGCCCCACGCUGGAAGUUUCAGACAGCGAGGAGUCGGAGGAGGCCCUCAUGGCUGGCCCGGAGGGGAGGGCAUCCGAGGCAGGGGCCCGCAAGAAACUCCGCCUGUACCAGUUUCUGCUGGGGCUGCUGACGCGCGGAGACAUGCGCGACUGCGUGUGGUGGGUGGAGCCGGGCGCCGGGGUCUUCCAGUUCUCGUCCAAGCACAAGGAGCUCCUGGCGCGUCGCUGGGGUCAGCAGAAGGGCAACCGCAAGCGCAUGACCUACCAGAAGCUGGCGCGCGCCCUGCGCAACUACGCCAAGACCGGCGAGAUCCGCAAGGUCAAGCGCAAGCUCACCUACCAGUUUGACAGUGCGCUGCUGCCCGCCGCCCGCCGGGCCUGAGCCCGGGAAGGGCUCUCAGGGGCUCCACGUCUGCGUCACGUUGGCGUCCCCACACCCUAGGUCACAGGACCCGUGGAUUCCCCACACUGCGGGGACAGGGGGCUGCCAUAAUCCCUAAGCCCUGCCCAGGGCCCCUCUGGGACGCCCCCCUCCCACCGUGGCUGGGGCCCCUCUGGGAUUUCCUUGUCAUGUUCAGGAUCCCCAGGAUCCUCAUGUCUUGGGUCACAGAACCCAUAGAGGACUAUACUAUGUGUCUCUGCGGAGGGGGUGGGUAGGACCAUUGCUUCCAGAAUCCCAAGAGUUUCUUUGGGAUCCCCUUGUGGUAUCUGAGAUGGUCCAGCCAAGCCUGGGAUCUCUCUGAGCUCCCUUGUGUGUCUGAGAUUCCUUAAUCUCAUCUGGGGAGGGUGAGCCCACAAAUCAUCACACAGGGAGGGGUUUGCUGCCUGCAACCCUAAGCCCUGUCCAGCCGGGGGUCUCUCUGGGAUCCCCUUCUCAUGUCUCACACUCUCCUGUCAGAUCUGAGAUCUCCUACUUAUGUCUGGGGCCUCCUGGAAACCCUUUAUCAUGUCUUAGAUCUCUGUGCCCAUAUGUGACUCUCUUGUCAUAUUCCCCCAGAUACGUUUGUCAUCCUGAGAUCCCCCAGUUCUCUGGAAGCACUGUGCUAUCACUUUUGUGUGUGUGUCUGGAAUUCUCCAGUCACAUCUAGGGUGCCUCUGAGAUCCUUUGGCCAUGUCUAAAAACACCCUUGUCAGGUCUAGGGGGACCUCAGUGAACCCUGUCUUGUCCAGGCCACCUCUGGGAUACCCUUGUCUGUGGAUCCUUCCAGUCACAUCUGGGGCUUCCCUGGGAUCCCAUACCUGCCAUGCCCCUUUGGGGACCCCAUCAGCAGACCUGAGUUCUCACAGAGACCCUCCCCUUCCUGGGGUGCCCUCUGUAAGGCCAAGCUAGGGAUCAUUCUGGCCAGUCAGCCGAUUUCUGGGUGAUCUUGGCAGGCAGCCCUCCCAUGUCAUCUCUAACCAGAGGUCUCACAUUGAUACCUCCAGCCCUCCAGCUCCCUUUGGGACAAAUCAGAUCUCUGGUGGUGGGUCCUUCUUCAGCUCACUGCAGCAGUGAGGGAAUUUUGCAUACUCCUUCACUUCAAACUUUGCACAAUCCAGCAAAGGCGGGCAGCUUCGAGGUGCAGAGAGGCAGCCACUCCUAUCAGGGCACCUGUUCUCCAGUCUGCCCCAGUCCCCCCUGCCCCUGGCUGUCAGACCCCAGUGGCUUCUCUCAGUUGCCUGUUGGGCCCCAAUCAUUUGCAUUUCGACCCUGGUGUGAACCCACGGAGGUGGAGCUUGGGUUCACCGUGGGAGCUCUGAUUCGAACCCUGUGGAAGUGUCACAGACUGUGGGCUAAGAUGUCAGAGUCCCAGGUCCUUGAGCCUUCGUGGCUGGGGGAUCUAGGCUGAAAGACUUGCUGCUUCUGGGCCUCAGUUUGUCCCUUCUGUGAAAGGGGAGAGGAGGAGGAGGAAGACAGAAAAAGUCCUUUGCAGCCCUGCUGAGCCUUUGAUACAUCUUCUGGAAAUCUAUCCCACCACCCACUCAUUGAAGUCCAGGAGGAAGAGGACAAGGAAGGAGCUUCAAGGAGCCAGAGAGGGAAGAGGUCCUUAUGGGGCACACAGCUGCUGGUAGCAGAGCCCACGCUGGGACCUGCCCUCCAAAGGACAGCACACAUACCCUCACCCUGGAAUGGGGGCAGGGUGGGAAGGGAGUGCCAGGGACAAAAUGUCCCCAGGGCCUCCUCUUGCAAAUGAGGUACUUUUUGCAAAAACUAUCAUCAUCUCCCCCAAGUGUGGAAUAAAAUAAAACAAAACAAAACAAAUCAAGGUA